AUGAACGACGUCCUCCUCAAUUCGGUUCACUCGCACCCUGCAAUCCGUGUCAAGCCCUCCUCCACUGUCCCUUCGGCGUCCCUCAAGUCCGUCCGCCCCUCAUCAUUCAAGAAGCAACAACUUCAACAACCACAACCACCUCUUACUGCCGCUCUCGACACCAUAUCCCGUGCUGUAAAAAGCGCCAAUAACCUCGUCCUGUCUCUGCGCGAUGGACUCACCGAGCUGGAACGAGAGAGUAGGAGGAAGAAAGAAGAACGGAGGCUCGUCCUUGCCCUCCGUAUGAAAAAUGCCCAGACUAGGAAACAGUGGCAAGACGCCGCUGAAGAACUCGACAUUCUCGAAGAAAACGACAUGUGGAAACUGGAUCCGUACACGGGAGAUUACAACCCGGCACUGAUCGAGGCGCGACUGGAAGAACUAGACGAUGCCCGCAUAAACUGCGACACUCGCGCCAUGAUGCACCUCGUACGGACCUCCCUCUCUCGAGAUCUCGGUGGCAUGGAAAACGUCGACUUGUACAGGCACUCCUACGUGGGCACCAAGAACCUCAUCGAGAGAUACGUCGACUCGGCCAUGCAGACUAUCGACGCCCUUGUGGAAAAGAGCCAAUUCGCGUUGCCCGAGGGCAUGGGGCAAAGGGACAUACUCGAGAGCGUCUUGCACGCUCGUCAGAGCUUUGGCCGAAGCGCCUUGUUGCUGAGCGGAGGCGGAACACUGGGUAUGUCCCACAUUGGAGUGCUCAAGGCUCUCUUCGAGGUCAAGUUGUUGCCGCGCAUCAUAUCAGGUGCCUCGGCAGGCUCCAUCGUCUCAGCCGUGAUUUGCACAAGGACGGACGAAGAAAUUCCCCGUCUCGUAAAGGAGUUCCCCUACGGUGACCUAGCCGUCUUCGAUGCCGAGGAAAACCCGGACGGUGUCUUUGACCAUAUGCGAAGGCUGCUCACCGAGGGAAGCUGGUCCGACAUAAAGCACCUGACCCGCGUCAUGAGAGGUUUGGUAGGAGACCUUACUUUCCAGGAGGCGUACAAUCGAACGCGACGCGUACUGAACAUCUGCGUUUCGACCGAAUCCAUGUACGAGCUCCCGCGCUUGCUGAACUACAUCACGGCGCCCAACGUCAUGAUCUGGUCCGCCGUAGCUGCUUCAUGCUCCGUUCCGCUUGUCUUCAGCGCCGCCCCCUUGCUAGUAAAGAACCCCGAUACCGGCGAGCACAUGCCCUGGAACCCGACACCGCAGCGAUGGAUUGAUGGCUCCGUCGACAAUGACUUGCCCAUGACGAGGCUCGCCGAGAUGUUCAACGUAAACCACUUCAUCGUCUCUCAGGUAAACCCCCACGUUGUCCCGUUCCUUGCGCGUGACGACCAGCUGGAUCCCGACGACACGGCGGCUCGUCGGUCGAGCCUGCCGCACAGCAAGCAAGACCCCGAUUGGGUCUAUACCCUGACAAGUCUCGCCAAGGAGGAGGCCUUGCACCGGUUGCAUUUCCUGGCCGAGAUUGGGUUUUUCCCGAAUCUCGUCACCAAGCUUAGGAGCAUUCUCAGCCAGAAGUAUUCCGGCGACAUAAACAUUCUUCCGGAAGUCAACGUGCACGAUAUCCCAAAGAUCCUGAGCAACCCCAGCCCUGACUUCAUGCUGCGUGCCUGUCUGAUGGGCGAGCGCGCAACGUGGCCGAAGCUCAGCCGAAUCCGCGACCGUUGUGCUAUCGAGCUCGCCCUGGACCGUGCCGUCCAUCGUCUGCGUGCUCGUGUUGUCUUCUCUGAUAGCCAGGUGGACCUACGGAGGCUCACUACCGGCAUCGUCCUGCCGCCGCCCUGGCCCAAGUCAUCCGCAUCUACGAAGCAGAUGUCUAAAGAUGCUCCGGCUCUUACUCUGGACUCUGAGGUCUUCAAGAACAGACAGCGCAGGUGUUCUGGUAGCAGCGUGCAACUCAUGGCGCACCACCGACGCCUGAUGGAGAACGUGCUCACGGACGAGGAAACGGAAGAGGAAGAACGACUGGAGAUGCGGGCUCGACAUGGCCAUGGAAGCGCCUCGCCUGUCGUCGUGCGCAAGCCCCGCCUCAAGAGGGCGGCAAAGAGCCAUUACAACGUUUCAAUGGUGAAAGGCCUGAUGACCAGCCCGAUAAAUUCGAUGCAACUCGAGGCCGUAGAGUUUGACUUUGGGAAGCCUGUGACGCCUCCGUUGCAGCGAUCACGCCACUCGGAAGGCUCACUGGCUCAAAGCAGAAGCCCAACUUACCUAGACAUGACACCGGCGAAGGAAGUAGACGUCGCAGUACCGGGGUCCAGAGGAGAGGCAACGUCGCACACGGAGACCUCAGACCUGCACUCUUCUGACGGGGACGUGGAGUCGCACACAGAGGAUACCUUCUCCGACCCUGAUCCGUACGAGCGCGAUUGGCUUCACGAUGGAGCGAACGAGUUGGAGACGACUCCCAAAAGCGGCAAGGACCUGCUCGAGGUCAGCAGCCGCGAGCUUGUGCCUGUGGGUGAGUCAAGGGGUGGACUUUGGGAUUGA